AUAUUUAUUAGUAGUUGAUCAACCCGUGUUAAGCUAAUUUCCUUCCAGUUUAUCGGUGACUCGACUAAGUGUACGUAGUGCGCGUUUUAAAUCAGCGCGGUUUUAUAGGUGCGAUACGAAACACCGACUUUUUAACUGCGGUUCCACGGAAUGGUUCCACGGAGAUUCAAAGUCACGAAUGCUUCGAAUCGAUCCAUUUACGGAUAAAUCGGCUCCUUUUUGGACGACGAUUCUCUAGAUUUUUUGCUGCGAAACAUUCAACGAUCGUCCCGAUUUUGCAUGGGUAUACACGAAACGAGCGAAACUCACUGCACCAAUGUCACCGGGAGAAUGGCCAGGGAUCGUUGUGGUUCAGAAUAUUCGGAGAACAUGAGCGACGUGACGACUUGCAGCUGCACAACGAGUUCCGCCGACAAGUGUUCGUUACGUGGCUGCGGUAUGUUUCAAGAGCCGUUUUUCCUACAUCCACCUGGUUCACGACCUCGCGAUGGAAUCUAUAUAAAUCCCAUGAGUGCGUAUAUCAGUGAGCCUGUGAAGCCAAAGGAUACGGAAUCUUUUUAUUUGCACAGUCCUCAUGAUCUCGUCUACACGAGAAUCACUCGUUUAUUCGCGGAUACGGAGAAACACCGUCACUUUGAAAAGAAAGACGAGACUUUGACUGUUUCCGUUCCAGUGAAAGUGGACGUGCAUUUCAACAAUGGUGUUCUCGACAGACCGUUGAACGAAAACGGUUAUACGAACAAAUCGGAAAUGGGUCAAGAACCGUCCGAGCACGCAUACGAACAAAUCUGCUUGCGACAGGAUUCUGAUACCGGUGGUAUAGUUAGCAGUUCACAGAAGAAGCUUGACAACACAUCCGAUCGAAGCCGUUCCCGGAAAACCGAUCGCAGAUACAGUAGAUCGAGUAGUGCGAGCGAGUCAUCGAACAUCAGUAGCGAGAUCCCUUGUUUCUCGUCUAGUGCAUCGACACCAUCGCUAUCGCGGAAUAGCAGCAACGAACGAGUUGGAAAGAAUGGGAAGCUUUCCAUUGAAUCAUCGUAUGAGAAAGAAAACUCGACUAAAUCGUCACAAGUAGAAAGCGAAAAGGAGAUCAAACCAGUCAAUGGCGGAGCCAACUUUGCCAAACCACCGCCACCACCACCACCACCUCCAUUACCAGAUAAGGAGGACAUCGUAGUGCUUAUGGUGAACACUAAACAAAACGCAGAACUUACAGCAAAGGAAGAGAAAAGAGAUGCAUCCGGUGAUGCGAAUCGUAACGGAAGAAGUGAAAAUGGGUCUGUUCCAUCCACAGCGAUCAACAAGUCCGACGUAUCUUGCGGCGAGCGUCAGCAGCCGGAAGUACCUCCUGCCAGUCCACCGGCGGACACCGAGGAAAUUAAGACGAGUCAAACGGCUCAUCUGGUCAACAAACAUAUGGUGCUACCGUUUAUACCACCCAAGUUCGCGAACGCGGACUCGAACACUUUACUUAAACCAUCCGAGUAUUUGAAGAGUAUUUGCAAGGUUUCAACAAAAAGUAACUUAUUAAAAGCAAGAUCGGUGGACAAUUUGGAUAUACAGAGCAGAAGCGGAGAUCGAAGGGAAAACUGUAUCAGAUCGGAAGGGAUAGAAGAUCAAGAACCCGAGAUAUUGGUAGUAGCUGCGACAGAAGGGGAGCGAGAAAGAAGGGGUGUCGAGGAAGAGGAGAGGAUAAUAGUAGAGGAAGAGAAAGAAUUAACUGCAGGACCUCCACCACCACCUAUGUCUCCACUUCAAAAAUUGCGACGAACCAAUGAAGAAUCUGGAAUGAUUGCGAAUGUCGAUCUCGAAUCCCCAAAAACACCGCAGCCACUCGCGACCAUAAGUAUUCAAGAUCUGACGAGUAUUCAGCUUCGAAGAACCACCACGAAAAUGAACGCAACGAAAACAUUUUCUGCUCCUCCGCCGCGUAGCGUGUCUAUGACUAAUGUUUCAGAAUCAUUCUUUAUUCAAAAAACCGAUUUGAUCGCGGAACUAAAAAGAACCAAGGACAUUCCUGGAAUUAAAAAACUAAAAGUGGAAAUGGCACAAGUUGAGAAGACACAAGAGCAAAAUCUUAUGUCCGAGAUCAACAAAGUAUUCAAUGUUUCGAAUUUUGUGGAUCAGAUUCCAGAGAAAGAUAGUUCCGGAAACGUGAUACCGAUAUGGAAACGACAAAUGUUAGCACGAAAAGCUGCUGAGCGAGCAAAAAAAGAAUUAGAAGAACAAAUUGCCAGAGAAAACGAAGAAAGACGACAAAAAGCGAUUCCUGCAUGGAAAAGGCAACUUCUCGCUAAAAAGGAUAAUGAAGAAAAAAGACUGAGCCAAGCACAUGUGAUGCCAACGUUCAAAGUGGAUGCGACACCGUCACCAAGACGUGAUGUUUCGCCUUCGCCAAAUCCAUCAAAUCCAUCAAAUCCACCAAAUCCAUCAAAUCCACAAAAUCCGCCAAAUCCGCCAAAUCCACCACGUACCCACCGACAUGAAGAGAAAUCAGAAGCAGAAGAGAAAAAGGAAGACACCAAUAUUUCGAAUCGCGGACCGUAUGCAACGCAAGCGAAUCAGAUGGAUGAUGAUACACAAAUUAUUCCUUGGAGAGCGCAACUCAGGAAAACUACCAGCAAGCUCAAUAUUUUGGAUUAAUUAUUCGAAUAUCUUUCGUUCGUUUAUUCAUCGUGAUAAUCGGAAGUGAUAGAGACAGAUUGCAUUAUGUGGUGUUUGUAUAUAGAAUCGAGUAAAAUUUAUAUCAAGGAAUUCAUUAAAAUGUUCUUCGAGUAACA